UGCCAAGUAACUCUGGCCGUUUGCGUUUUUCAUCAUCGCUCCAAACCUUCCUAAAGCUUCUGGUUCUGGAGGAAAAGGCAAAUCUACAUCUAUUGAACCUGCAUUUUAUAUAGAUUUUGAAACACGGUUUCCGCACAGAUAGGAUAUGAGUCACGUCCUUUAAACUCCAUCAAGUGAAAGAGUGUUAAACGUUUUAAUACGACAAAAUUCCAUGGUACUAUUUUUAUAAACGAUGACAAGGUUCUACCAGCUUAUUCGCAUCAGCAGACAUGAAAUUUAGUCAUGGCUUAAUAUAUACUUUCAACCAGGAUGCCUGCCAGUAAACGCUUGCGAUUUGUUGGUAUUUAGGACUUCAUGUUUGAUCAUCCUAUCUGUGAUGGUUUUGUAGAAGGGAUGUCAGUAGUUAUUACAGUUAAUAUUUCCAUUUAUCUUACAAAACAAAAAAUUCGUUUGGAGUAAAUGUAUCGUAGUGCUUGGGCUUCGUAUUUCUAGACCUGGUCACCUCUUUGCGGCCAUAACUUGAUUAUGCUUGAACAUUUUGGGUGUUAAAAAAUCGAUAUACGCAUAGAAAAUCUGAUCGAUUACUAUUGUCUUCUGCUGUUCCCUUUCCCUUUUAUGUGGUGACAGUAGCUCACCGUAUUUCACUAUUCUAUCCGUUAUUGCAAACUGCUGGUUUUAAAAACCACUAGUGUGUAAAGUUAUUUUUUCCUCUGUGUGUAUGUCUGUUUUUGUGAGUGUGUGCAUGCUGUGUUCUCAAGUGCCACUCAGUGUCGUAAAGGAAUAUGAGUACAGCCGGCGGUGGGAUGGAGAGCUUAAUUGCCAACCUUCAGGCUCAGCUGCCCAGUGGUCACAGAAUCGUGACAGCGUUGGAAGCAGGUCUUGUACAGGAGUGGAUCCGCACCAAUCGUCUCCUUGUGCUAGUUGAGAACUCCACCGAAAGUGCUCUGCUUAUCUAUAUUGUGUCAAAAAAUGUAGCAGAUGAAUUUAGUCUUGAGCGGACUAUACCCUUAGAUACAGAAUUUAAAUGUGAAAUCGAUACUGCCAGUGCCAAUAUAGUUACUACAGACGUUUUCCUAAAAUUGUCCAGAAAAAAGGUGCAUUUACUAUUUGAAAUGCUACCUGGAUUCAAAGCCAAUAAAUUUGUGGACGAAGUUGUAAAAGCUAGUGAAGUGGCCAACAAGAAACGCGCCCCUCCGAAUUUUUCUUGGUUGGAAGUUUAUAAUCCGCAACUUGUUUGGGAAUCGGCAACAGGUUCAGAUUCUGAACAACCAACAUCAGCAGCGACUGAGCUUCAACCAUCGUCUCAAAACUGCCAUGAUGCAAUUCCCGCUCACUUGAACCAUAAAUCAGAUUCCGAAUUGUCUAGCCCGGAUGUAACGGCUCACCGAUCUUCAAUAGCUACUGGUGGCGCCACACCCAUCGCUGCUAGAGAGAGUGUCGUAAGGUAUCAGAUGGCUUUACGGGAAACAGCUUACACAGAUCUGCGCCAGAUUAGCAUCUUUUUAGGCACAUACAAUGUCAACGGACAGCCACCCUUAUCUGGUCUUGCAGAUUGGCUUUCCGUAGAUAAAGAUCCCCCUGACAUCUACGCCAUUGGUUUCCAGGAGCUCGAUCUCAGCAAAGAGGCCUUCUUGUUCAAUGAAACUCCUCGCGAAGAAGAAUGGCUUCGCGCAGUCAUCCGUGGCCUUCAUCCCAAAGGCAAAUACCGCAAAGUGAAAUUGGUUCGUCUUGUCGGCAUGAUGCUGAUCGUUUUCAUCCAAGAGAAACAUUGGGCUUACGUCAGGGGUGUGGCGUCCGAAUUUGUUGGUACGGGACUUAUGGGUAAAAUGGGCAAUAAAGGCGGUGUGGCGAUUCGGCUUGAUUUGCAUAACUCGUCACUUUGCUUCGUUAAUAGUCAUUUGGCCGCUCAUACUGAAGAAGUGGAACGACGUAAUCAAGAUUAUCUCGACAUUUGUAAUCGGCUGGUGUUUUCGACAACUUUCCCCAGCAAGUCUAUAAAAGACCACGACCAAGUGUUUUGGAUUGGCGAUCUUAAUUAUCGGCUUUCUGGCGAUUUGGAUCUUUUGCGCGUCAAAGAUUUGCUAGAUCAAAGUAACUAUCAAGCGUUAUUGCAAUACGAUCAAUUCCGUGCCCAGCACGUGGCUCGAAAGAUUUUCGUUGGCUACCAAGAAGGUCCCAUUCAAUUCCGUCCGUCAUAUAAAUAUGACCCGGGAACUGACAACUGGGACACAAGUGAGAAGAACCGAGCUCCAGCAUGGUGUGAUCGAUGUCUGUGGAAAGGAGAUAAUGUUCAAUUUAAGGAAUAUCGCAGCCAUCCUGGGCUGCGCAUGAGCGAUCACAAGCCCGUGUCGUGCCUAUUAGAAUGCGGCGUCAAGAUUAUCGAUACGGUCCGCUACCGAAGAAUUUACGAAGAGGUCAUGAAGAAAUUAGACAAGCUGGAGAAUGAAUUUCUACCUCAGGUCAGCGUCGAUUCGACGGAAAUUAAUUUUGGUAAUGUGGCUUUCAAUGAAGGUGCCACUAAGAUCCUCACGGUUGCAAAUACGGGGCAAGUGCCUGUCCAGUAUGAAUUUAUUAAGAAGCAUCGGGACUCCAAGUAUUGCAAACCUUGGCUGGCUUGUGAGCCCUACACCGGAUUUCUGAUGCCCGGAGAUAAUUCCUACAUCACACUGGAAAUAUUAGUAGACAAACGUACAGCCUGGAGUCUAAACAGCGGACUUGACGAGCUCUACGAUAUUUUGGUGCUUCAUUUGGAUGGCGGCAAGGACAUUUUCAUCACCGUUAGCGGGAAUUAUCAAAAGAGUUGCUUCGGUUGUUCCAUUGAAGCCUUGAUCCAAAUGCAUCAGCCCAUUGCGCAAGUAGCGCCCGAAACUGUGUGCCAAUUGGAGAAGGCUGCCUAUCCCUCUAUAGACCCUGGAAAUGAUUCAGAUUCCAAGCAACCCGUAUUAGCAGUGCCAAAAGAGCUAUGGUUCCUACUGGACGAACUUUACCGUCGAGGAAUGGACACACCUGGGUUGUUUGAACAACCAGGAUUAUCAUCAGAGAUAGCAGCUAUCCGGAGAACGUUGGACGAUAGUUUACCCGACACUCUACCAGGCAGCGUUCAUUCAGUCGCAGAAUCGCUUCUUAUCUUUUUAGAGACAUUGAAAGAACCCAUCAUUCCGUUCGCAUUGACGCAAAAAGCCUUGGACGGAUGCGGUGCUUUCCCGUCUUGCAAAACGGUUUACAGCUGCCUACCGCUCUCUCACCAGCACGUUUUCAAACACAUCAUCAGCUUCUUAAAGGAGGUUUUAUUACAUAGCAGUAAGAAUGGACUAGACGCCAAGACGCUCGUGGCGCUUUUCGGCAGCGCUCUGAUCCGCCUUCCGCCUCCAAAUUACCCUCUAGGUCCCUCUAUAAGUUUGUCGCCAAAUCAGCCACAUUUGGAUCGCAAACGAUGCAUGUUCAUUCACCACUUCUUAGUCAAUGAUUUGGAUGACUGAUCCAUAACUAACUUUUUCAUUUCAACUAAUUCCAAAACUCUUAUUAAUUUUUUUUCCCAAUUAUUUUCCCCUCUUAGGGGAAACAAUUGCAAAAAAAAAAAAAGUAAACGCAAAAUUUAGUUUUCAAUUAGUCAUUUGACUUGCAGAAAUAUCGGACGAGAUAGCAGCAGCUUCUAAAUUGAGUUAUUUACUGUAUAUAUAGGCACUAGAUUGAAUGCUACUUUUCAAUAUCCAUGCGUGUUACGCUUAAAUUAGUUCUUAAUUAUCAGUAAACGUCUUUACCGAUUCCAGUUAUAUUUCAUAAACAAACUAACCGCUGACUUGUACCCUCAAUUGUUUCCAAAGUCUCACGGCUCAGGCUCCCAAAUUUCGUUCGCACUAUGUCGACAAAAAAAAAACCUUUGUUUCUUUAGUUAUUUUUUUAUUAUUAUUUUUAAGAUCCGCUCACCUGUUUUGCAAUGGUUGCUAAAACUGAGUUUUUUUCGUGUCCCGCAAAGUGUGCCUGCGCGGUUGAACUAUUUUCGUGUCUGUGCAAUUGACUUGAUCAAAAUUCAAUUAUUAUUAUACACGAUUUCAUCUGGUCCGAUAAA